AUUUCUAAAUAAAUAUAAUAAGUUAUUUAAAUUUGUUCAUUAUCUAUCUACUGAAUACAAAAUUAUAAAAAUUGCAUAAUGAAUGUUGAAGAAAGACGUGAAGCRAGACGCAAAAAAAUAUUAGAGAAUUCAGAACUUAGACUUAAAAAAAUUACUUCCAUAAUACCUAAACAAAGUCUAUUAAUUGAAAAAUCAGAAUUUAUAAAAGACAAACCAGAAAAUUGUACACGGAAUWCUGAAUUGCGCUAUUCUCCUGUUCCAAAAUCGCUUAAAGAAAAUGUGAUACCAACAAUUCUUGAAAACCAACCAAUUUUUAACUGUGAACAAAAUAAUUUCAAUCCAAGAUUACAUUCCAAAGAUAAAAAAUAUGAAAUUAAAUUUUCAUAUAUUACAAUCUUACAUAUUGUAUUAUCUCAAAUUGUUUUAGUAUUAUUUUACUAUGACUUAGGACAUUUAUUUGGCAAUUCAAUAGUAGUGCCAUUUCUACUCAGUGCAAUACCUGAAUUAUGUACAUCAAAAGAACAACAUGAUAAUAUACACUUAAUUGUUUUAUUAAUGAUGGGUUUUUCUCAGAAUUUGGCAAGAAAUAUUUCUAGAUAUUUCAAAUUGGCAAGUAUAACAGGAAAAAGAUUUUGUAUAUAUAUUUUUUGUUUUACAUGUUCAUAUGCAAUAUUCACUAAUCUAUAUUUUGAUGUUAAAAAUGCUAUACAAUAACAAAUUUAUGUAUUGGUAAAAUGUAGGUAUGUUUUAUUUUUGCAUUAUGGUAUUCAUAAUUAUAAUGUACCACAGUUUGUUGCAUUAAAAUGUUGGGCCAUUGGAAUAUAUAUUUGAAAGUUUUUAGCAUAAAAGUUUAUU